AUGCCUAAGAGUUACAGGAACAUCCACUCUGAGCUUUUUCUAUUGUUGCUUCCCAGGUCAACUGGAGCCCAUCAUAUCUCCGUUACUUGCACCUGGAGUCUUGCGAUAUUUGUUUGUCUCUCGCAUAAAUUUCGUAUCACGGUCAACGCAAUGUGCACUUCCUACUACAUACAAUAUACCCGCGGGUGCAGGAAAGAGAUGGAGUUCGUCCAAUGCGACGGUCGUCAAGGGUCCAACGUGAAGUGCAAACCCAUUAAGAAGGAGCUUGGCAAAAAUUCAACAAAUUACUGCAAAGGCCACCUCGUCAAUCCGGACGCCCCGAAGAAGUAUUUUUCAGACGAGGACUUGCAGGAGUGA